GUUCAAACUCUUGGUGAGGAAUAUGUGAAGAUAUUCCAAAUCCGGUCGACAGUACGAGCUGUCCCUUCGCUAGGAGCUAGACUUCUGUUUGUUCUUGUUCACGCAGUUGCCCCUAUUAUUGUCGCAGUUUUGCUCUGCAGAGCAGAGCGUCUUCUCGCACAUCCAUCUACUUCAUCGUUUAUGGGCAUCACAAUCAGGAACAAUCAGAAGGCUAGAAGCAGCUUCAAGUUAUUAGUGGAAUGGAUGAGGUCUGUUGGUGUUCCUCAGCUUUACCGCAUACAUCUGGCGUUCUUCUAUAUCUUUGGCGUUUACUACAACAUUUCCCAUCGGAUAUCGGGUAUAAGAUACUUGUCUUUCAGCCCACAAACGGAUCUAAAGGCACUAAAAGUCUACAAGUUUUUGGGUUAUUUAACCUUGGCGCAGACUGCUCUUAGUCUCAUUCUCUGGAUGGUUUCCUCUCUGGAGGAAGAAAGAAACCGAGCCAGGAAUACUCCAGCAGCAAUGGCCAAUCGUGCAAGGAAAGACCUGCCCGAGCAGGACGACGUGUUCCCUCAUUCUUGGUUCCGAUGCUCAGUGUGUCUAGAGAGCAAAUCGCCUUCAACUACAACGUGCGGUCACCUCUUCUGCUGGAACUGUAUACAGGAGCAUGCAUUGUCUGGCGAUGGAGAGGCGCGAUGUCCGCAUUGUAGAGCUUUAUUCGAACCAUCUCAAGUCGUACCUCUUUUGAAUUUA